AUCAUCACUCACUAAUAGCAUCUAUAAAACCACUCUCUUCCAUUACACUUCCACAAACCAAAUACUCAUACCUCUCAUUACCACCUUUUCAAAAGCAUCAAAACUAUCUAGUAUAAAAAGAUGAAGCAAAUCAUCUUCUUUUCCCUCUUAGUACUAUUUGCUCAUAUCUUUUUCAUCACCACUUCAGCUGAAUCACCUGCAGCAGCACCUAAACCUCCAGCAAAACCUGCCCCUGCCACACCAGCUCCAGCAGCAGCACCCGCAAAACCAUUAGUCCCUUCAUUACCUCAAUCACCCUCCUCCGAUUCUUCAUCCGGUCAAGACAUCAUCAAAAUCCUAAGAAAAGCUAAUUCAUUCAACACACUGAUCCGCUUGCUCAAAACCACGCAAAUCAUCAAUCAAAUCAACGCACAGCUGGUGACAACAAAAUCCGGCGGUUUAACCAUUCUUGCACCCGAUGACGGUGCCUUUUCGCAGCUCAAAGCCGGAUACUUUAAUUCCCUCCGCGAACGCCAACAGAAACAACUGAUACAGUUUCAUGUUCUUCCUGUUUAUGUCUCAAGCUCAAACUUUGAUUCACUAAGUAAUCCUGUGCUCACUCUUGCAAGUGAUAGUCCUUCUGGUUAUCAAAUAAAUGUGACUGCUUAUGGAAACAAUGUGAAUAUUUCAACUGGGUCUGUUAAUGCUACACUCACAGGGAUUGUUUAUUCUGACAAAACACUUGCUAUAUAUCAUGUUGAUAAGGUGCUUAUUCCUUUGGAUUUCUCUAAGCCUAAAGCUCUCGCUGCGGCUCCUAUUAUAGCAAAAGCACCUAAAGCUGCUAAGGAUUCAUCUUCAGAUGAUGAUCAGGAUGUGACAACUAAGGCUACUUCUGGUGCUAUCAAUUUGAUUUGCCUUCAAGGAACAUUGUUUGUGUCGCUUUUUGUUGCUGCACUAACCAUGAUCAAUUGAUGAAGAGUAAAUCAUUUGAAGACUGUUUUGUUUUUUGAAUUUCUAUUAUGCUCUUUUUUUUCUUUCUUGGUUUCGUUUUUUGUAUUGUCAUGGGAAGAUUGUUGUUUGAGAGGUUGUGAAGUGUGAACACUUUCCUGAUUUUGUUCAUGUUAAAAAUAGAAAACAUAUUGUUUUGGUGAAAGAAUGUUUACUUUACAA